CCACUGUGACAUUUGAAUUUUGAUACACGUGCCUAAAUGACAGACCUUAGAAAGAAUGGAUGAAGAUGUAGAAGAUCAACGUAUUAAAAAAUUGGGCUUUAUACCACAAAAAGAAAAUGUUUACAACAAAUUACUACCCUAUGCAAAAGAACUUGAUGAGGAAUCAUCAAAAUUGUUCUGUGAUAUUAAGGAGAACCUUGCAAAAUCUGUUCUUGCAAGGGAAAUGAGACCAGGAUGUGCCCUAUGGACAUCUCGUUUAAACAAAUAUAUAAAAAUAUAUGGACUGAAGUUUUCAAAGGAAGACCACAUAGCUUUAAUAAAAUUAUUUUAUGAAUUAGUUACAAUUCCUGAUUUGGAACCAACAAGAAUAAAUAAAUGUGCAACCACAUUAACCAAUCUGCUUAAAAAAAGAUACCUUAUAUCAAGAGAUGAAUUGCAAUUAGAUUGGAGACCACUCUAUGAUCUUUGUAUUCGUACAAUUGAAAAAAGCAAAUCAGAUAUAGGAAUGUACAGAUACUUUUCCACCUUCGAAAACAGCAUAUUCGAUAUGAUUAAAGCUGCAAGAAUAUAUUUCCCUGCUUCUGCCACCCAAGACAUACUAGAUGAGUUUAGGCCUAAGAUGUGCCCUUCAAACUUCACUGAAAUUGCAAGUGCCAUUCAAUAUUUAGAAAUGUUCUUGCCAGUUUGUGUAAAACCAGAAGAAGCAGAUAUUAGUUACAAGCUGUGGUUUGAAGAGUUUCUAACAUUGUGGGAUGUUUGUCAUAAUGCUGCCCACUGGGAAAAUCAUAUGAUGUGGCUGUUGUCCCGUCUGAGUUCGUAUAAUAUGGGGUACAUUAAUUGGGAGCCGUACGUGCCAUUAAUGUUUGCACGAUUUAUAAGGAUACUCCAACUGCCGGUCGUUUUCAAGCAGAAGCAGUUAGGAAUACAGCACAAAAUGGACAUAUUUCCCAUAGCAAUUUGGAUUACAUGUGCCUUAAACGGAGAUAAAAACUCCGUCUUCUAUCACUUCGAGAAGUUCAUGCAGACACUCAAGUCAUAUUUCUACACAGCCAACAAUGGACGUUGGACUGUUAAGCUUCGCGAGUUACUUCGGAAGCUUUCUUAUUACUUUGUUCAGCGCGUUCACUAUGAACGAUUCAAAACUAUUUCGUGGGAAAUGAAUAUUGUGCCGGAGUUCUGUCUUACGGACGAAGAUAUCGAUCGUUUCGUUAACAUCAUGAAACCUUGUGUCGAACAUUCGUUGUUUUCACGCACUGGACAACAAGAAACCAGCUUAACUUUGCAGUACUUAUCUUCGUUACGACCUAAUAUCAUAUGUCCAAUGACCAUAGAUAAAUUGUAUGCAUCCAUGGACAGUUUGACAGAGCCUCACAAGCUAACAUGCUCCAUGAUGGGGGUGAUAGCUGUUGGAAGGUACAUGAUUCAAGGAAAGAAAAACAAUUAUCCUGAAGGACCAACACAUGUCAUACCACUUUUGUUGGCCCUGUUACCUGGAAUUGAUCCUAACGAUAUCCGAAAAUCCUACGUUACCUUUAGCUUCAUCGUGCAUUUCAUAAACAUGAUUCCAGUAAUCAAUUCUUCGGACGCUCACAAUUACUACAGCGACCUCACAGAAGAAGAGCAUAUUAUAUGUGAGGCCAGUGCCAAUUUCGAAGACUUUGUUAUCCAGUUUUUCGAUAAAAUUUGCAUUUGGGUCGAGUCAAGUUCGCUAGAUUUCGUUCGUCAAGAAACAACGAAUAAUACAAACAACAACAAGAAUAGAUCCGAAACUUUUGCCGAGUCCGCUUUAGCGUCAGUAAUUUCCGUCGUGUUGAGUCAAUGUUCACCGGAAAUAUUUAACGUUGCACUUAAAAAGAUGUUUAAUUUCGUGAGCGAAAAGAUCAUGGAAAUACACAUUUCAGGAAAAAUGGUUGCAGUGGCUUGUCACUGCUUUGCCAGAGUAAAUCCUAAGGAAACACUCAAAGUGUUUGUUCCAUAUUUAUGUGAAAGAAUUAACAAGCUUCUUAAUGAAAAUCCCCAUAUAGAGAAAGAAGAAAACAUCGACGAUGAACUACUGUACAACUUACUAAUUUUAUCAGAGGUCAUAAAUGGGCGAAAUGAAAUUUUAAAUUAUAUUGACUAUAUAGUACCAAUAUUAGAUAGGACAUUGCACAUGACAAGUUUAAAAGCCAGUCCUUUAUCUGCAAGAAUGUUAGAUUUAGUAAUGUUUUCGUUAACUUCUAUUCAACCAACUGAGGCGAAAAGUUCGGCUAAAGAUUAUGGAUUACACGUGAAAGAUUUUCUAUCUAUAAGAGAAUGGGGUCCGGCUCAAGAUAUACGCAAACUUAAAAUCAAUUGGUACAUUCCAGGUGAUAAAGAGGUAGAACUAGUUCAAUUCUUAAUUAACCGGUAUCUGGUACCGGAAUUGGAACGUUUGGAUAAGCAUUCAAGCGGCGAAGAAAUGUUGAGCAGAGAAAGUUUAAAACAGUCCCUUAAAAUCGUCUAUUCUAUUCUGUCGUGCCAUGCAGUAUUGCCAGUAUGGGAUGAGCCUGCCAUUCAACUUGUAGACUCUGUACUGGAACCGUGGGCUUUCAAUUUGAAAGUUUCAGGGUCUCAUACGGCCACCAUGCCCGAUGGUCGUAACGUGCGCAAGGUGGUUGCCGAUACUUUGCAUCGUCUCCAGAAAAAGACUCUUGAGACUGAUGAAGGUGACACCCAGAGCAUCAAAAAUCUAAUACUGAUUUACAACAUACUUGUGUUCAGUAAGACACAAGGUCAUGAUUUUGAGUUGCACUGGAAAAACUUCCAUUUGAGUAAAAAAAUGCUGGAAGAUCGCCUGCACCAAAAGAAACUGCACUUGAGGCACGUUUUAAUUGACAGAGCGGUGUUACAUCAGGAGUUCAGGACUGAAAGCAGGAACUGUUCAUUUAGUGCCACUCACAAGCAAAUACUGUUGGACUUGUUCGAGUUGUCGGUGUCACGUUAUAGCGAGGUCAGAAUUGCCGCUCAGUCGAAACUAAAUGCAAUGAUCACCUACUUUCCUUAUUCGUACACCGUGAUUAAGCCGAAAAUAAUCGAAAUUUUACAAAAGGAUUCGGAAACCCACCACGAGUGUUUCAAGGGAUGUUUGUAUAUUUUGUGUUGCCCAAAGAAUGCGCCAAUUAUAGCAAGACAUGAUUGGAAUUUCACAAGGGACAUAUGGCCUUUGAUUAUUAGGUCUAAGCCUUCAGAAAAACAGUCAAUUAUAAGUCUUAUAAAUUCAAUCAGCGACUGUGUUCAUAGAUAUUUUCCCACUAUUGCUAUAAAAUUGUUAAUUCCGGAGAGUUGCAUUAAAGCAGCUUUGAAAUUUGCCAAUGCACAAACACCGUGUCACAUAGACGACCAUUUCCGAACAAUUAUAAAUAAUAGCGAAACAUCUUUGAAACAACUGUCAGAUAAUCGUAGAAAAGCAUACGAUGACACUCUGAAUGCCCUAUUAGAUGCUUGCCAAAACGGAAACUUACACUGGAGGUACCAUCAUAUGGCAUUAGGAUUUAUGAAAGAUCUGGUGCAUUUUGAUGUAAAAUACAGUACGGAUGUUGUAAAAUACUUUCUUAAGUGUAUCAUCAGUGAUUCGAUCAUUAUACGCAAAACAGCGCUGAGAGUUUUUGUAUAUAUAACUGUACAAAAUAAACCUGAAUUUAAAAAAAUUACAAUUGACCCUUACCAAACUGCUGGCGUACAUCCUGAAACGAAAACUAUUGUACCUGGAUAUAGGGCUGAUAAUCAGUGGUUAUUAUAUUCCCUACAAAGCGUGCCCAAAAACGAAGAGGAAUGGAAUCAGCCACGUUUUGUACAUGACGUUAACGUUGGAUAUUACUCCUGGCCCAAGAAGUUGCAAAUAUACGCGCCUUAUCCUGAACAACCUACAGUGGCGAAAAGAAUGAACACCAUAGACGGAAUCGAAAAGGAAAUUUACGAUUUUUUUAUGGACGAAAACAACAUGUCGAUAUUAAUAAAAUACUUGUCCCUGGAAGAACGUAAAGGAAUGGAUCAGUUUAAUGGGUACCGAUUUUUAAUGUUCAAGAACCUGUUCAAAAUUUUCGAAGACACACUGGUACCUGCCUUUUUGCCCCACAUACUAAAAUUGGUGAAGGACAAACAAGAAUCUAGUCAGCGGUGCGCCGCAGAAAUAAUAGCGGGUAUGAUGCGCGGUGCCAAACACUGGAGCUACGCGCAGUGUGAAAAAUUAUGGGAAUCACUUUUGCCCAUUUUCGAUACGGUGUUCGCGAACCUGCACACAGAGACGGUACCCGAUUGGUGUCUGUGCUUUACAAUGGGACUUGAAUGGAGGGAUCCCAAAAGGUACUUCUGGAUCUACGAAUAUCUCCUAAAGGAGCCGCUGAAGGACCAGACCAGUUUCCUAGGUAGUACGCGACUGCAAAUGUUAUUUAUAGCCAUGAACCAACAACACUGGCGAAAUGCGGAACUGCACAGUCGACUGUUCGAAUAUUUAAAGGAACACUUGACGCAUCCGUUCCAGAAUAUUAGGGAGAAACUCAGCAUGUUGUUGUGUCUAGUUCUGAGUACUGACAUGACUUUCCCAGGCGGUGAACAAACAAAGGGGCCACUAAUAGCCAACUUUUUCGCCGAAAUUAUGCCCAGUUUAAAUAAACUUUACAACUACCUGUUGAAAAAGGUCCAGUCUAAUGGUAGAAAUGAAAUUGAUGACGCAUGUGAACAAUUAGCGGUAUUAGAUAUAGAGGCUGAAGAAGAAAAAGAGAGGUUUAUGCGGAUGUUUAAAAUAGUGUCGAGAUACGUUACCCACAGUGUUGUGCGUCUGAACUUCUCAACAUUGCCGCAGUUUUUCGACCUGCUUCCGCUGGCGACUGCGCUUCACACCAACGAUACGGACGAAGAGGUGGUCAAUUGCAGCAUUAACAUGUUGGUGGUGUUAGCACAAGUGAUGAGCCCCAUUCGGAAUAUACCAUAUGGCCUGGAGGCGAUACGAAAGGUGGCGCAUGGACCAUUCUGGUCUGGACGUGCUGUUAUCGCCGAAUUUUUGGCAGUGUUUGUGUUUUACAACAUGCCUUCGUUUCACUCGAACGCUCAGUGGAAGAACGAGGUUGAAACUAUGGUAUUGGAAUUAAUGGAAGAUGUCCAACCAGAAGUUAGAGAGAAUUCUGCAAAGGUGCUCAGUGGCCUGUUGCAUUGUGAUUUCUUGGAUAAUCCAAUGGAUCUUCUGACCAAGUUUAAACUGAAGGCGAAAACGAAAUUAAAGAGAAAUCCAAAUUCGACAAACAAAGAACUAAGCAACCUGCGAAUUAGACAUGCAGGUGUUUUAGGACUUUGUGCAUUUAUAAGUUCUCAUCCUUACGAUGUACCUGAUUACAUGCCAGCGAUAUUUGGAAAUCUGGGACCACACCUAAGUGAUCCACAACCCAUUCCGGCCACAAUUCGGAAAACCUUAGGUGAUUUUAAAAGGACACACCAUGACAAUUGGGAACUGCACAAAUUGAAGUUUACAGAAGAAGAAUUAUUAGUUCUAAGUGAUCUCACUGUGCCCCCAAGUUACUAUGCUUAAAAAAGGACACUGAUACAUUUUACCAAAAUUUAUUAUAACUCGUACUUAUUAAUCUCAAUAAUUUAGGUGAUGGUCACAUAACCCACACUGGUUAAGGGUACUGGUGAGUUAAUUUUCAAUGUUCAAACAAUCAAAUAUCAAAUAGUGUUUUAUACCAAAAAUAAAAAGAUUUCAUUUAUGUAAACUAUAAAACAAUUUUAUUAGUUUAAUUUAAUAGUCAAUUAUUGUACAGACUGUCCGCAGAGUUGUUAGACUUAUGGUGAUCACAAUUUAAAUAAAAAUAAGUUGAUAAUUUGGACAUAAUUAAUAUUUAAUAAUAAGAUAAAAACAUUGUAAAAAGUAAUUAUAAGUAAAAUAUAUGUUUAAAAUGCGUUCUGUAGUAAUGUAUAGUUUUAUGAUCUAAUGACUUCGCGGUCAAUCUAAUGUUUUUUAAUGUUUUACAAUAUUGUUGCAAAAAUUAAUAAAAAUGAUUUUUAACAACA